AUUUUUAGAGAUGCGAGUCGCUGCCCGCUAGCAAUGACGGUAGACAAGAGUCGUCGUUGACCCUCGAAGCCGAAGCCACGAAUUUCACGAUUUUCCGAUUGACCAUUGGAAAGAAAAAAAAAUCAAAGCUGCACAUUUAUUAUUCUGACAAUCGGAAGAAUUCGAUAAUGGGAGCAUCAAAUAGUAGUAACGGCAUACAUUCGAUUUCUACGAGCGAACAGAAAACGGGAGAGUGUUUGUAUUCAGAAGACGCUUGCUCUACGAAAGACCAGGAACAAAGAACAUAUGUCGAAGCGAACGUUUAUAAAACCGAGGAUCAGCCACGAUCACAGUUAACGUGCGCUACGCAAAUGACAGGUUGGCAGCCAGCGGAUACUCACAAUUUUCCGAUGUAUCAACAAAAUAACGAAGUCAUGGAAUUUUCACGAAUUAUCUCGCAACUUGCCAUGGCCAAUCAUCAAUUAGCCAGCGCGCAUAACGCGACGCUGUCACGUAUGGAGACAUUAUAUUUAGAGCUGUCAAAGGAUAAGCAGGAUCAAAAAAUUGCGUCAAAUCCUUCGGAGAUACGCGAUGACAUUCUUCAAACGAGACUAUCGAACACCGAAGAAGCCGUUGAGAGGGAAGAAACGCGAAGAUUGGAGCAACGCGUCGUUAGAUUGGAGAGACUGUUGGCGACGAGUUCCGUUGAACAAUGUAAACAAAGAAGCUCGCGGGAAGAUAGCAAACUACGUUUUAGAAUUGAGAGAUUGGAGAAUUUGCUGAAGAUACGAGAUGCAAAAGAUCGGUCAGGAUCCGUGGAAUCGCAUCGCGAAUCUUUGGAACAACAAACGAGUAAUAUCGUCAUCGAUGCUGUUAGUGAAGUACCUGAAGAUUGUGGUGAUAAUCAAAGAGAAAGGACGAGAGAAGGAAUGGUUGAUGUUUAUAAAUACUGUAAUGCUUAUUCUGAUGAUUCCGAGAUGAUUGUUCCUAGAAUAGAUGAAAUCUCAGAUUCCGCUAAUAUAGAUAAAAUGCACAGAAGACGCGUAAGAUUGAGAGACGAUGAGCAAAAUUCGACAACGAGAAAUUUGGCGAGUGAAGAAAUAAUCAGAUUGUCAGAAGAAAUUGAGAAAUUAAAAACCGAUCGAUUAGAAUAUCAGAAUGCCAACGAAAGACUGCUGUGCAAUUUAACGGACCAGAAAACGCUGAUGGAAAAAUUAAACUUAGAUUAUGAGGAAUUGAAAGCGCGUUAUGUAAUGGUAGAAGAUAAUUUACACGAGUAUAAACAAAAAUAUAACGAACUGACGAAGCAUUUGGACACCGCUAAAGGAGAAAUCGAAAGAUUGCUGAAAGAGAUCGAUAUCUUUCAGUCAGAAAAAAACACUGCCGAGUCAAGAAUCUCGAUUUUGGAAAAGGAUCUGCAAAAAUUGCUGCUCGAGAAAGAGCAGAUCAAAAAUGCGGAAAAUGAAAAAAUGUCUAAGUUACAGGCACAAUUGUCCGAGGAGGUCUCGGACAAAAAGAAGCAGAUUAAAGCUCUCGAAGACGCUUUGCAGGAAAUACAAAGACUGAAGGAAAUUAUCAAGACUGAAAGAAAUAACGAGAACAGUAUUGCUUCGAAAGAGGAUGUCGAAAAUGCGAUUGAUGUAUUCGAUUCGAUAGAUGACAUAUCGGAGAAUGCAUCGAAUACAGAUUGUACCUCCGCAAACAUAGAGGAAUUUAAAAAAGAAUUAACCUUGAAGAGAGAAGCUAGACAUAGGGCUAUUGCGGCGGUCUCGUCCGAGAUGGAAAAACUUAGAAAAGAAUUGGACGCCGAAAAGGAAGCGCAUUCCGAGACGUUAAGCAUGCUGACUCUUUUACGUUCUGUUCAUGGCGAUCUUGAUCUCACGACUGGUGAUUUCGCAAAGUCUACGAUGAAACAACAAAGGAAUGACAAGAGCUUGGACGAAAGUGAGAAAGUGAUGAGACGCGCGGAAGCGCGACGAUUAACGAGCACAUUAAAGGUAUCCGACGAGUUAAGGAAUGACAUACGCUGCCAAAUCGAGAAGGUGGACGACCUUCGUUAUCAUUUGGAGACCGAUCCAGAGCGUCACCGACAUCGUAUUCGGUGUUUGACGGAAGUGACCGGCAAGGUACGCGAGUCUCUGAUGGCGCGAGAACGUCGGACCAACGAGCUGAAAGAUUACUUGGCUCAAGUGUUGGUUAGACUCGGCGACAGGAGUUUUCUGAAAGACCGCGACGACGCGGAUGCCGAGUGCGAUCGACAACUGGAGAACAUAAACGUGUUGAAGAGUCUUUAUAACGAGAGACUGAGAGUUUUGACCGAGCUAAAAGAUUCCGCGAUCAAGGAACUGGCUGACGUGAAGCAGAAACUGGAAUAUUCUUUAAAGAAAUCCGAGAAUUUGGAAGAGGAACUCAAGAAAGCCGAAGAAAAGGUCGAUGUUCAAGACACGGAAAUCACGAACUUGGAAUCUCAAUUGGGAUUGACCAAGGCGGAUUGCAGAGAUCUUCAGAAUCAGAUGUCUCUUAUUAACGGCUUAUUUACGCAGAUGUUGCUCGGAGCUUCCUCCGCAGACAUGGAUCUUGAUCGAUUGACUCAAUUGUUACAGGAGAAUCACGAUCUUAUAAGUGACAUAGCCAGGGAAGAGAGUACCGAAGCAGCGGCUCUUCCUAAACUUCUUUUGGAUUUGAUUGAGCAAGUCGAAGGUGGUAAAGCGUCUCAAAAACACACGGAUGACGAGAACAAUGCAGAAAAUGUUGGCGAAGUUGAUAGAAAAGAAGAUGAUCUGCAAGAAGAAGACAUUGCUCAUAAUUUGCCUAAAGUAUGGCGCGUUUUAUUGGAGUUGCUUAGCUGUCAUGCAGUGACCUCUCCAAGCGUUUCCGUUGCAUCCUGCUCGGAUCCAAACAGCUGUUAUAAAUCUGUGGAUACUCCGGCCGGACCAAGAUUAGUGAUAUCCGUGAGCAAAACGUACAUUCGUCUGAAGGAAUUGAUCCUGGAAAAAAAACAUUUGGAGAAGGAAAUGAAUCGCAUGAAGCAGUUAAAUACUCACUUAGAGAGUAAGCUGAACGAGCAGGAAAAGAGACUCUCCAUGGUAUCGGCCGAACUGGCCAAAACGUGGAAUAUCGUCGAUCGAAUGCAAGUGCAGCAUCAGCAGUUGCACACACACGAGGAAAUCCUACGUUAUGAGCUGCAAGAAAAAAGGAAAAUGUUACAAGAAUUGAAACAGGAACUGGAAUAUUGCAGAGAAAAAUGGGAAUCGGCCAGGCAAAAGAAUACGAAUACCGAAAUAGAAUGGAGGAGCUUACGUCGCGAAUUUGCUGCACGGAAAGCUUUGGCCGCUCGCGACUCUUUUAAUAGUGCUGAAAGCGGCUUCAGCGAUGAAAGAGGCGACGAUACCGACGAAGAGGACGAGGCGAUUGAAGGAAGAUUCAGGCACGGUCCGCGCAGACGGACACGAAAGGAAAGUCCUAGAGCGCCAACACCGGACACAGAAUCCGAACAACCAACGGAUACUGAAUUAUCAGAGUCGAAGACUGGUUCAUCGGCGAUUUUGGAACAACGCACACCCACUCCGGAAACCGAAGCAGAAUUGGACGAGACAGAAAUCGCACAUAUUGACUCUACAAAAACUGUUGAUGUAGAGGAAGCUAGUCCCAUUGCGGAAAGUACGCAGGAAUCUUUGAAUCCUUUGGACCAGGCUCUUACUAACGUCAUACAGAAUCUUAUAAAAAUCAACGACGAAGAAUCAGACAGGAAUUUUUCACAGGAUAAUACGUCUUGCUCAUUCUUUGAAGAUCCGUGCGAGAAUCUGAUUAUUGAAACCGAUGACAAUACAAAAAACAAUCAUAUUUCGACAAUUUCGAAAAUGGAUUCCUGCAGCAGAAAUUUACAAUCCUGGAGACCGACCAAUGAAACUCGAUGUUCAUCACCUACGACUCAUGCUCUAAAACGAACGGUCACGAGUGUCGACCUUCCUUCAGCAGUAGAUAAUAACGGAUUGUCUGAAUCGUCGUCGACCGAAAAUUCGUUAAAAUCACGCGAUGAUGAAAUAAUCAAACUUGAAAAUAUUCCAUCAUCAACCGUUUCUAAUACCACGAAUACAACCAGCACGAUGUCAGUCUUUUCUAUCGGGCCCCUUCCCGCAUCAUCGUCAUCUUCGUCUAUAAAGAGCGUGCAGUUCAGCAACCCCUUGAUCGUGGGUCCGUCUAAUCGCUUUUUUGCUCCAAUGUUUGGUGCGGCUGCAGCGGAAUCUAACAAUUUUAUAGAUAAUUUUGCUGAGUCCUCGUCGAUGUCAUCAAGUCAAGAGGAAGAACCGAUAGACGGCAGAGAACAGCGAUCUCCCAGAUCAGUAGAGAGUAUCGCAGACUCUGACAGUAUUUCCGUAGAUUCCUCUUCAAGUUUGGAUACCGUCAGAGAAUUUCCUAUAACCGAUCUCGGUUCUGCGCCUUCUACAUCAACGUCUAAGGAAGAACUACAGGAAAGCGCGGCAUGUUCGCAGAAGGAAUCUAUGAUUACUUCAACCAAAAUUCGAACUCCGGAGGAAGUUUUGGCGAUGCGAGCUGAUCGAUUAAAACGUUUAGAGGAGCAAGCUGAUUGGCUUGUGAAAAAGAUGAACGCUACGAGUAAACGAAGCACCGCUCUUUGCACAAGAUUAGAGGAGCUUCACGAGGCUUACGGGGAACCGCCGAUUCCUCCACCCAUGCCGGACGUUUUACCUAGUCGUAGAUUGCCAUCCAGUCUGCUCGAUCUACCUCAUCAGAUUCUUGAAUCGCCGUCUGCUGUCGGUACCGAGAACAUCGAAGAUGAAAAUUCCGAUGCGGUAAAAAAAGAUAAAUCAUUAAAUGCAAAUGCAUCAUGAUGAAUUUAUAAUAUUUUACUCGCGAAGAGUUUUAUAGUUAAUAUUUGUCUUCAUUGUACAACAAUUGAUAUGCAACGCAUACGAAAUGCAUAAUGUGCAUAGACAACGUGUAUUAAUUCGCAAUAUAAAUGUCUUCCGAAUGUAUUUAAUAUCAAUGUCGUAAUAUUAAUACAUAAAAAACAAACUA